AUGCGCAUUAUGUCAAAAUACAUUGUUGGCGCGGCCUACCUUGUUGAGGAUUAUUUCUACGUUCUUGGCCAGGUGAGCUGCUUUGAAAGCUUCGGCCUAUGCUGGUCCACAGUUGGCUUGUUCCCGGCUCUUCUAGCUUUUAUUCUACGGCGCCGCGACCUCUUGCAUUCUCUUCUGGUGCCUAUCUUCGACAUUAUCACCGAUAUCAUCACUGUCGUUCCUCCUAUGAAGGUUUUCAGCACCUUGCAACUGUCGAAACCACACCAAAUCGCUCUCUACCUUAUCUUUGGUGUGGGUAUCAUCACCAUCCCGUUCUCUGAUGUCCGUUUAUAUCAUACGCUUACCGUCGACUACGGGAACAUCACGAAGAGUUUCGCUUCUGCACCUUAUAGUGCUGUGCUCCAGAACGGCAUUGCAGUCACGGUGGCAUCGAGUCCCAUUCUUCGACCCAUAUUCGAUCGCACGAUAGCUCGGUGGCUCAAUUUAUCAAUACGAGGCAACGGGAGGACUGUUGCGACGGAGCCUAUAAGGACAAUAAGGACACUAAGAGGCCCCGCAACCACACGUAACCGUCCUGAUGCGCGCACGACUCUUAGUCGGAGCGAUGGUUUCAAGCAAAUGACAGACAACAGCGAUGCGGAUGACAGCCUUAGCUGGGAAAUGGAAGGCCUUGGGACCUUACGGCGGAAAAGCGACCAGGCGCAAAUCUCGGCUUAUGCAGAAGCGCAAGCACCUGAUUGUGUCAGUCCUCUCUCACGGGGCGGAGGGAUUUCUGUUACACAAACAUUUACGAUAGAGUCUCAUGUGACCCGGCUGCCAUCGUUUUCGGGCUUUGUCUCCACAGAUAGUCAGCUCAGCAAGGCCGACGUAGCUUAG